UGAGGCACGGGGGCGUUUCCGGCGGCGGUGCUGGCGGCUGCUUCUGUGAUUGUGGAGGUGGGCGUGAGGCCCCUUGGUGGUGUUUUGGCGUCGUGGGAUCGGCUUGGUGUGGCGUGCCGCCCAGGCUGGGGUAGACGGUGGGAGUGACUCCACGUCUGGAAUAUGGCUAUGGAUUGGCUAGGCAGUAUUGUGUCAAUCAACUGUGGCGAGAGCUUGGGUGUCUAUCAGGGAAGAGUGUCAGCAGUGGAUCAGGUCAGCCAGACCAUUUCUCUUACUCGGCCCUUCCACAAUGGAGUGAAGUGUCUUGUACCAGAAGUCACCUUUCGGGCAGGUGAUAUUAUAGAAUUGAAAAUUCUGGAGAUACCAGGUCCUGGAGACAAGCAGCAGUUUGGAGACCUUCAUCAGACAGAAUUGGGCCCUUCUGGUGUUGGGUACCAAGUGGGUAUCAAUCAGAAUGGUACAGGCAAGGUGGUCAAGAAGCCAACCUCUUCCAGCAGUACCCCUCAGAACAUCCCGAAGAGGACAGAUGUGAAGAGCCAGGAUGUUGCCGUUUCUCCUCAGCAGCAGCAGUGCUCGAAGAGUUACGUGGACAGGCACAUGGAGUCCUUGAGUCAGUCCAAAAGCUUCCGUCGUCGGCACAACUCUUGGUCAUCUAGUAGCAGGCACCCAAACCAAGCAACCCCAAAGAAAAGUGGUUUAAAGAAUGGCCAAAUGAAGAAUAAAGAUGAUGAGUGCUUUGGAGAUGACAUUGAGGAGAUCCCAGACACAGAUUUUGACUUUGAGGGGAACCUGGCCCUCUUUGACAAGGCAGCUGUGUUUGAGGAGAUUGACACCUAUGAAAGGAGAAGCGGCACCCGUUCCCGGGGUGUCCCAAGUGAACGGCCUGCUAGGUACCGCCACGACGAAAACAUCCUGGAAUCAGAGCCUAUUGUCUACCGUAGGAUCACGGUGCCGCACAGUGUGAACAAGGAAUUCUGCACUGACUCUGGCCUGGUGGUUCCAAGUGUUUCAUAUGAGCUACAUAAAAAGCUGUUAUCUGUGGCUGAGAAGCAUGGGCUGACCUUGGAGCGGAGGCUUGAGAUGACGGGGGUGUGCGCCAGUCAGAUGGCCCUGACUCUCCUCGGAGGACCCAACAGGUUGAAUCCUAAGAAUGUCCACCAGAGGCCUACAGUAGCCCUGCUGUGUGGGCCCCAUGUGAAGGGAGCUCAGGGUAUCAGUUGUGGGAGGCACCUAGCCAACCAUGAUGUGCAAGUCAUCCUCUUCCUGCCCAACUUUGUCAAGAUGCUGGAAUCUAUCACCAAUGAACUGUCUCUCUUCAGCAAGACCCAAGGUCAACAAGUGUCUAGCCUAAAAGAUCUCCCUACCAGCCCUGUGGACCUGGUUAUCAACUGCCUGGAUUGCCCGGAGAAUGCCUUCCUGCGGGAUCAGCCCUGGUACAAGGCAGCUGUGGCCUGGGCCAACCAGAACCGGGCACCAGUGCUCAGUAUAGACCCUCCUGUGCAUGAAGUUGAACAAGGCAUCGAUGCCAAAUGGUCCCUGGCACUGGGCCUGCCUCUGCCACUGGGGGAGCACGCGGGCCGAGUCUAUUUGUGUGACAUUGGCAUUCCCCAGCAGGUCUUCCAGGAGGUCGGCAUCAACUACCACUCACCCUUUGGCUGCAAGUUUGUCAUUCCCCUGCACUCUGCCUAGAGGGGCUCUGGGCAGCUGGGCCCUGUGUUCCCCUGCACUCCUGCCGCCAAACCCAACAACGGACGCCUUAAGGAUGUGAAGCUUUGUGGACCUUGUAGAUUAUCUUUUGGGUUUGUUUCUUCUGUGAGAGAACAGAACAUACUUAAAAUUAAAAUUUGCCUGCCACCUUCCCUUAAUCAGGGAAGGCUUUCCCACUGGUGUGCAUGUCAGGAGUAGCCCAGUGGCUCCAGGCAUCUUUCUAUCCUACCAUGCCUCCAUUCAAGUGGGGCUUUGUUUACAGACAUAGGCAGCUCUAAGACUGGUUCAGGUUUAUAGCCACUGGGCAUGGGCCAGGGCCUAUUGGGGCCUCCACCCACAUUAUUUCAGAAGGCUUUGUCUUUCCCAUGCUUCCUCUGGCCUGCAGCCCGCCAGUUCACCCUUCCUCUAAUCAUGUAGAUCAGGCUGCACAGCAGCUUUCCAGAAGGCAGAUCUGUGCUCUCUUUAGAUCCUGAGAGUGCGUCUCUACUCUCCCCAGUGCCACCCGUGUGUGUUUGGAAGCUUUGGGUCCUCCUGAGAUAUCCUGGUUUUUAUGUUGGAACUUUUCCUGGGGAGUGAUUGGGGUGACGACUGUGGUGAGAUUCUGGGCUGGCUGCUUUGCUGUCAUCUUUAACAUAGGUUUUGUGCCUGUCAAGCUACAGGUCCCACCUCCUAGUUAUGGGCCAGACUUCGCCGUGCAGCUUUUCAGUAUUGGGGAGACCCUGGGGGAGUUUGGUGCUGAGCCAGAGGUGGCUUCUUGGUGCUUCUGUCCUAGGCCAUCACUUCCUACCUCCUUGCCCAUAAAUAAUAUUCCUUGUUUCCCUUUCUGCCUGUCUCUGGAAAUGGUCCUCUGCAGUUACCCUGGGACAGGUUACAUGCCCCUCCUUAUGCCAUGGUGUCACUCCAGUUCUUAUGUCUGGGCUUUUUAUCCCUUUAUAGUUGCCCUUCCCAGGAGUGUGCAGACUUGGGACUAGUGGCCUGUCUCAAACAUGCCAAAAAUGAGCCCGGUUCCGGAUGACCCUGUUGGUGGGCUAGGGUAUUAGGGUAUUAUCCUAAGGAUCUUCCUGGACUUGGGUCCUACAGACUAGUAGGAUAGGACCAUGCCUGGAGCCUUAGACUGGAGACUUUUACAAAGGAUUUGUACUUUGAAGCUCUCCCCCUGCAGGCUUUUUUCUGCUCUGCCCAUCACUGGUUGGUGGACAGGCAGAUGGGCUCGUUAAGUUUGGGUACAGGGUAGAAACCCUGGUACCGUAGAUUUCAGGCUAUCUCUUAUAGGAACAUGGCCCCAACAGAUGAUAGCCUUUCCUUUUCUUCCAUCUUCUCUCUCCAGCUGCAGGAAAGAGGCCAGAGGACUGGGAGCCUCAGCUGCACGCUUCAAGACUAACUUUCCAGCUGGGCCUCUUCUCUGAACACAGGGUUACAGUUGGCACAGUAGGCAGCCACUACAGGUUACUAGACACAGGCUACUAUAAAAUGAGGUAGAACCCUAGUCCUGAAGAUGGCUAGCUAGCAUCAGGAAGUUCUGGUGACCCUAGAGGUGAUACUUUAAGACUCCUCCCCCUCUUCUCCCUGCCCUUGACCUAAACCCCCCGCUUGAGUUAUUGAAACUGUGUUACUCCUACCUGCAGCUCUUUUUGGAAGUUCUGCCUAAUGGCUGGUUUCAGUCAGGUGGUCAGAUCUAACAGUAACUCGUGCAGCUCUUGGGAAACCCAAAGCCAGCACCACAAUAAAGUGCGAGUUCUGUGCUAUCUGAACUGCUUUGUAGAGUAUGAAGAGGUGAUUUCCGCAAUCACCAUGACUGUUGGAUAUGUGCAUAGUGACACAAUGGCUAAGGCAAACCAGAUUCUUCUUGACUGGCUAUAGUACGCUAUGUGUACCCUUAGGACUGAAAGAUGUAAGAGCCUUCUAGGUCUGGCAAGUGUGCUACCUUAUCCCUAUCCUGGUGCCAAAACUGUUCUACAUAACCUGAGCAGUGGUUAUCAACUUUCCAAAUGCUGACCCUUUAAUACGGUUCCUUGUAUUGUGGCAAGCCCCAACCAUAAAAUUAUUUUCAUUGCUACUUCA